GUUACACCCUGCUUCUUCUCUUUGUUUCCUCCACUUAUUUCCACAUACACAGUUCUUUUGUCAUGAGAUUUUUCAUGGACUGUGUGUCGUGUUGGCGUCCGACGAUGCGUGAAGUGGCGAUGACCGAGGAGGCGGUGUCGAUGGCGGCGACACCCACGAGGGGGGAGGAGGAGGAGGAGGAGACAAAGUCCUUGAUGCCUGCCGAUAAGGCAGCAGCGUCGAGGACAAAGAUGAAUAGGGAGAGGGUAGGAUCUAUGAAUCCACAGUGGAAGCCCUCGUUGUGUUCGAUAACGGAGGAUAGCGUCGUGGCGGAGAACGGAGAGAAAACACUGUUGAAAAUUCCGACGAGAACGCCGACGGUGGUGAACAGGAAGAACUCACCGGGGUCACUUUCUAACGUUCGUGCACGAACCUAUAGCAACGACACCGGGCGAAAAUCAGUGCCAGUGUUCCUUCCCACGUUUUCCCCGACACCUUUCAUGUUUUGAAAAUCUUUCAAAGUGUACAG